CUUUGACCCCCGCAGAGGCGCUUCCGGCUGCUAGCUUGACAGAGCUGUGGGGCCUGCGGUGCGAGGACCUGCAUUGCGGGCACGAUGGCUCGAAACGCAGAGAAGGCCAUGACGGCCUUGGCAAGGUUUCGCCAAGCUCAACUUGAGGAAGGGAAAAUUAAGGAGCGAAGACCUUUUCUUGCAUCAGAAUGUAAUGAGUUGCCGAAGGCUGAGAAAUGGAGACGACAGAUUAUUGGUGAAAUCUCCAAGAAAGUUGCUCAGAUUCAAAAUGCUGGCUUAGGUGAAUUCAGAAUUCGAGACUUAAAUGAUGAAAUUAACAAGCUGCUAAGAGAAAAGGGACACUGGGAGGUCAGGAUAAAGGAGUUAGGAGGUCCUGAUUAUGCUAGAGUUGGUCCAAAAAUGCUAGAUCAUGAAGGAAAAGAAGUUCCAGGAAACAGAGGUUACAAAUAUUUUGGAGCUGCUAAAGACUUACCAGGUGUCAGAGAACUCUUUGAAAAGGAACCUCUCCCUCCUCCAAGGAAGACUCGAGCUGAGCUUAUGAAAGCAAUUGAUGCAGAAUAUUAUGGCUACAGGGAUGAAGAUGAUGGUGUCUUGGAGCCACUAGAACAGGAACAUGAAAAGGAAGUCAUAGCAGAAGCAGUGGAGAAAUGGAAACUGGAGAGAGAGGCACGACUUGCAAGAGGUGAUAAAGAAGAGGAAGAGGAGGAAGAAAACAUUUAUGCUGUCAAUGAUGAUGAGUCCGAUGAGGAAAAUGGCAAAGAAAAAGAAGGUGAAGAAGGCCAGCAGAAGUUUAUUGCUCAUGUCCCCGUGCCAUCACAGCAAGAGAUUGAGGAAGCUCUUGUCCGGAGAAAGAAGAUGGAGCUUCUUCAGAAGUAUGCCAGUGAAACUCUUAUGGCACAAAGUGAAGAAGCUAAAAGACUUCUAGGAUUGUAGUAUUUCUUCUCCUUGUAUUUUUUAAUCCUUCUUGAAGCAACAGUUUGACAACAUUCUGACAGGCUCUUUGAUCUCUGUAGACUCAAGAAGCAUGUUGGCUUCUGUAAACACCAAGACAAAAGUGGCCUUUCUUGCAUCAUAUUCCUCAAAACAUUCCUUUCUUUUAGUAGACAGUUCUGUAGGUUUGUCUUCCUAUCUGUUCCAGCCUUGGGUUUUUCUCUGUUUCUAAAAUGCCAGCUAAAUUAAGUUGGUCUCCAUCUUUUCCCUGCUUGCUUUUGGUGGCUUCUGUUCCUUUCUCCAACUUCCCAUUUCUCUCAUGCUCAGUGCUGCAGUAACCUACUCCCUGGGUUGAACAACGUGUCAAAGUUUCCUCAUGCUUCAGAAAGAAACACAAGUGACAUGACCAGGAAUCUGUCAGUCUUGUUCUCAAUUAGUAGAGUAGUCUGCUGCCUGUUAGAGAUGGAGACCAAUAGCAGUUUCCAUGGAAAUGUCAUAAAAAGUCAAAAUCUAAAAUUAUGAAGAAUUAAGUAUGUUUCUCUGCUCAAACUGCUGUUUUUUUUAUAGCCUGCCUAAAGCUCUUAUCCAUGAAUGGCUUGUAAUGGUGCUUGGUUGGAUUGCUCAAGUGCUGGAUAUUUCAGCAACUACUGUAAAUAUACUUCUCUUUUGUAAUGUGUUCAGAAUUUCUUAGUAAAACAGUUAUACAAAUUGA